AAAACUUAAUUUGCCAGCUGCUGCUCUGUCAGCAGCUCAGGAAAGAGAUUUUGAGCUACAGGGCUAUGGAUUUGAAGCUGCGCCAGAGCAAUUGAGAAGGCCACGUAUUGUUCGAGUAGGACUAGUACAAAAUAAAAUUCCACUUCCCACAGACACAGCCGUGGCAGUCCAGGUGGCUGCACUGCACAGACGAAUUGAGGAGGUUGUGGAAGUAGCUGCAAUAUGUGGGGUCAACAUCGUUUGUUUCCAGGAGGCUUGGACCAUGCCCUUUGCUUUUUGUACAAGAGAGAAGCUUCCUUGGACUGAAUUUGCUGAGUCAGCAGAGGAUGGGCCAACAACAAAAUUCUGUCAAGAGCUGGCAAAGAAAUAUAAUAUGGUUGUGGUAUCUCCAAUCCUGGAGCGAGAUGAAAUACACGGGGGAACUCUGUGGAAUGCUGCAGUGGUCAUUUCUAAUUCUGGAGCUGUCCUUGGCAAAAGUAGGAAAAAUCACAUUCCAAGGGUUGGAGAUUUCAAUGAGUCUACUUACUAUAUGGAAGGAAAUACAGGACACCCAGUGUUUCAGACACAGUUUGGAACAAUUGCUGUGAAUAUCUGCUACGGGCGCCAUCACCCUCUGAACUGGCUCAUGUUUAGUAUGAAUGGAGCUGAGAUCAUCUUUAACCCUUCAGCCACUAUUGGAACACUCAGUGAGUCACUGUGGCCAAUUGAAGCGAGAAAUGCUGCCAUAGCUAAUCACUGCUUUACGUGUCCCAUCAACAGGGUAGGAACGGAGUACUACAAAAAUGCUUUUACUUCUGGAGAUGGUGGAAAAGCACACCAUGACUUGGGCCAUUUUUAUGGCUCAAGUUAUGUAGCUGCACCAGAUGGCAGUAGGACCCCAGGACUCUCUCGCACUCAGGAUGGACUUCUGGUGGUAGAGAUGGAUCUAAAUCUUUGCAGACAAGUCAGUGACAAAUGGAAUUUUAAGAUGACUGGUAGAUAUGAAAUGUAUGCAGACAAGCUCACUGAAGCAGUCCAGCCUUAUUUUAUACCCAAUAUAAUCAAAGAAUAAGAGAGAGCAUCUCAUUACAAUCAAAUGUUACAUAACAAAUUAAAAGGUACA